GAAAAGUCAUCAACAAAGACUUGCGCCACUACUUGAGCCUUCAGUUCCAGAAGGGCUCGAUAGACCAUAAACUCCAGCAAGUGAUCAGAGACAAUCUCUACUUGAGAACCAUCCCUUGCACUACAAGGGCUCCCAGAGAUGGGGAGGUCCCUGGGGUAGACUACAAUUUCAUUCCUGUUGAGCAGUUUAAAGCAUUGGAAGAAAGUGGAGCCUUGCUAGAAAGUGGAACGUAUGAUGGUAAUUUUUACGGUACUCCGAAGCCUCCAGCAGAGCCCAGCCCCUUUCAGCCUGAUCCAGUGGAUCAAGUUCUUUUUGACAAUGAUUUUGAUACCGAAUCACAGAGGAAAAGAACCACAUCCGUCAGCAAAAUGCAAAGGAUGGACAGUUCUCUCCCUGAAGAGGAGGAAGAGGAGGAAAAGGAAGCAGUUAAUGGCAGCGGAGGGAUAGAAAACAAAGAAAAACAUUCAGAUUCUCCUGACUGGAUGAAACCUGUUCCCAGCUACAACCAGACAAGCAGCUCCAUGGACUUCAGAAAUUACUUGUCGAGGGAUGAAACCCUGGAACCGCUGCCUAAGAACUGGGAGAUGGCCUACACCGACACUGGCAUGAUCUACUUCAUUGAUCAUAACACCAAGACAACCACGUGGCUUGAUCCGCGACUCUGUAAGAAGGCCAAAGCUCCUGAAGAUUGUGAAGAUGGAGAACUUCCUUAUGGAUGGGAAAAAAUAGAAGACCCUCAAUAUGGAACAUACUAUGUUGAUCAUAUUAACCAGAGAACUCAGUUUGAAAACCCAGUAUUGGAAGCCAAAAGAAAAAAACAGCUAGGACAGACUGAUGUUGGCCCUUCAAAAUCAGCACCAGAGAAGUCUGUCUUCACUAGAGAUCCAUCUCAGCUUACAGGAGCACUUAUACGAACAUCGCUGAAAAAAAGUACAAUGGGAUUUGGCUUUACAAUCAUUGGAGGAGACAGACCUGAUGAGUUUCUCCAGGUGAAGAAUGUGUUAAAAGAUGGACCUGCUGCACAAGAUGGGAGAAUCGCACCAGGUGAUGUCAUUGUAGACAUAAAUGGAAGUUGUGUCCUUGGCCAUACCCAUGCAGAUGUUGUCCAGAUGUUUCAGCUAGUUCCUGUCAAUCAGUAUGUGAACAUGACUUUGUGCCGUGGUUAUCCUCUUCCUGAUGACAAUGAAGACCCUGUGGUAGAUAUAGUGACAGCUACACCUAUUAUCAAUGGACCGCCUGUGACCAAAGGAGAUGUUUCUGUGACCAGCCAAGAUCUAAUAACAGGAACAGUUGUGUUGGACCAGAAUGGAAAAAUGGGCCCUAUGUUGGUCAAUGGUCGUCUGAAUGGCCCUUCCAUGGAUGCAGCUGAGCAGAGGAUCUCUCUUGCGUCUUCGGGAGGCUCUCAGCCAGAGCUCGUCACCAUUCCUCUAGUCAAAGGCCCUAAAGGCUUUGGGUUUGCCAUUGCAGACAGUCCUACAGGACAGAAGGUGAAAAUGAUUUUAGACAGCCAGUGGUGCCAAGGCCUUCAGAAAGGGGACGUAAUCAAGGAGAUUUGCCAUCAGAAUGUACAGAGCUUGACACAUCUGCAGGUGGUGGAGGUACUGAAGCAGUUUCCAGUAGGAGCAGAGGUGCCACUGCUUAUCUUAAGAGGAGGUCCACCCUCACCUACUAAAACUGCCAAAGGGAAGGACAAGCAGGACAGUUCAGGGAGUUUGGAAGCUGUUGGUGAUUCCAUCCCACAGCCAAUGCCAUUUCCACCCACUGCUGUACGACCAGGCUCUCCUAAACUGGACCCUUCAGAAGUCUACCUGAAGUCUAAGACUAUGUAUGAGGAUAAACCUCCAAACACAAGAGAUUUGGAUGUUUUCCUGCGAAAACAAGAGUCAGGCUUUGGUUUCCGGGUGCUUGGAGGGGAUGGACCAGAUCAGCCCAUUUAUAUUGGAGCCAUAAUCCCGUUGGGAGCAGCAGAAAAAGACGGCAGGCUUCGAGCUGCAGAUGAGCUGAUGUGUAUUGAUGGAGUCUCUGUUAAAGGGAAGUCGCACAAACAAGUUUUGGACUUAAUGACCAGUGCUGCACGGAAUGGUCAGGUGCUGCUGACAGUCCGGAGGAAAAUCUUCUUUGGUGGGGAAAAGCAACCAGAGGAGGAGUCGUCGCAGCCUGUCUUGACACAAAACGGCUCUCCCCGGCUGAAUCGGGUAGAGUUUGCAAACCAGCAGUCCCCAGAGGUCUAUGAUGUCCGUCUGCAGCGGAAGGAGAAUGAAGGAUUUGGCUUCGUCAUCCUCACCUCGAAGAACAAACCUCCUCCUGGUGUGAUUCCUCACAAGAUUGGGCGAGUUAUAGAUGGGAGCCCAGCCGACCAGUGUGGGAAGCUGAAAGUGGGAGAUCGCAUCUCAGCAGUGAACGGUCAAUCCAUCAUUGAGCUCUCGCAUGACAGUAUAGUGCAGCUGAUCAAGGACGCGGGCAACGUGGUGACUCUGACUGUUGUGGCUGAGGAAGAACACCGUGGUCCUCCGUCAGGAACAAACUCUGCCAGGCAGAGUCCAGCUCCGCAGCACCGACCGCUGGGAUCAGCACAGAUCAACCCUUCUGGCACAGACAGGGGAGCUACGGAAGGUGAAGCUGGAAAAGAAGUUCCAAAUAGUUACAGGCUUUCCUGGCCCGAGCAUAAGCACUUGACACAAUCCGAUGCUGGCAUUGCUUCAGUUAUUGGUAGUCGUCAUUCCCAGGUACAGAAUCCUGGCUGUUUCCCAGUAGAGUUGGAAAGAGGCCCUCGAGGGUUUGGAUUCAGCCUUCGAGGAGGAAAGGAAUACAACAUGGGCUUAUUCAUCCUUCGACUUGCUGAAGAUGGGCCAGCUGUCAAAGAUGGGAGAGUACAUGUUGGUGACCAAAUCGUUGAAAUUAACGGAGAACCCACCCAAGGAAUCACUCACACACGAGCCAUUGAGCUGAUUCAGGCUGGAGGGAAUAAAGUUUUGCUGCUGCUGAGACCAGGGACUGGCUUGAUACCAGAUCACAGUUUGGCUCCUUCCAGUCUGUGUCCCUACGUGAAACCUGAGCAACAUUAAGGGCUUUCAGUGCUUUUCUUGGUUUUUCCUUAAAGACUUGGUGAUUGGGAUAGUUACAAUCCAUCUUCGUCAAAUGUAAUAUAUGAAGAACAGUCACCAUUAUCUUCAUCUUCACAUUCUGCUUCCCCAUCUGAAGUGAGUUAUUUACCAGUACCAGGAGAAGCUUUAACAAGAGUUCAGCUGUCUGAGAAACUGGAACAAGCAAAGAACACUGUGCCUGAAAAGAUAAGCACUUUAACGGAAAACCAGUUUGAGAUGAAGCCUCAGUCUUCUCCCCGGAGAACAAAGAACAAGUGGGAAUGUCCCUCCAGCCCUGGGUUUGAAAUCACAAAA